AUGUCGCACAGCCGGCGAGAGUUGCGGAUAUCGCGGCCCACCAUGUCGCCGCCCUUGGCUGCCACAGCGUCAUCAUCAUCACCUACUCCAUCACCGCCAUCACAGUCGUCAUCAAGAAAAAGGCCAUCGCCAGGGACGCCAGAUUCAGACAGCUCACACAGCUCCAAAAGGCGCAAGCGGGAAUCCAUGGAAGACGUCAACGCCCGAUACGAGCGCUUCGGCGUGAGGCCACCUCCACCAUUAACAAAUCAAUAUCGAUUCCGCCUGUUUGUCGACCGUAUCAACAGGCGCCAGUGGGAGUUUUUGCCCAACAUCGCCAACCAGAAACUCUCCUACAAUGGAGAGUCAGUUUCUCUGCACGACCUUGUCCACAUUUUCAAAGAGGAGUUUGGCCAAGGCUCGACCAGCAAGCUGCACAUCGCCGCCAUGGUCGGCGGGGAUUUUCACCCAAACCCGCCAGCUGGCAAGCUCAAGCUGUUCAGACCUGAUCCUGUCGCGGCUAGGAUAUGUGUCCGGAAUCUGACUCCCGAGAGGGGCAGAGCUGGUAGCAUGCGCUCCCCCGAAAGGACCGAGUAUGCCAGACACAUGGUGGUUAGCUUCGACAAGGGAAAGAUCAGCAGUAUCUACGAUAUGAGGGAAGAGCCACCAAGGAUAUCAAGACGCAAGCUGGCUGCUGCCAAGCCCAGAAGAGUGUUACCAGUACCCGGGCUGCGACCACCACCUCCACCUGUCUCGAUUGACCUCAAGACGUUCUAUGAGGAUUACAUCGACGCCAUCAACUCCGGGGUCGAGCACAUGCAUCAGGAGGUCAGGCCGUUUUGCAAGACUGGGGGAGUGACGCACAAUGGAGUGCACCUGUCGGUAGACAAGUACAUCAAUCUCAUGCGAGACGCCAUGGACCACGUCCCCGAUCUCAAGUUCCAGGUGCACACUUGCGCCGUGGACGAAGGGAGGCAGAUGAUUGCAGCGAGGCUAGAGUUUGUCGGGACCCCGGUCAAGAGCUGGAUGGGCGCAUCGCCCACCGGUGACGAGGUCGAAUGGGCAGAACAUGUAUUCUACUGGCUAGAACAUGGGAAGAUUUCAGAUGUCAUCAGCAUCGUGGAUUGGGAGACGUACCGGGAAGGGCUAGGGCAGUGA